AUGGAGGCAAUUUUUGCACCAUCAACAGCAGAUCAUCACCAAUCUAUCUCUCCAUACAAGCAAAUGAAAAACAAAAAUCCAACGAAGAAGAUCAAUCAUACUAGUCGCAGUUUCAUUUCAAGAUCCACGGAAAACUUGCCUCCUGUGAACUAUAACAGCAACAACAUCCACGGAGGCCUCUUCUUUGCUCCUCCUCGUAAUCUCCUCGCCUUUUCCUACCCUCCAUCUUCUCUUUCAGUUUUCAAUCCACACCAACAAUAUUAUUAUCAGAAGCAAGCCCAGCCACCUCUCCUUCCUCUUCCAACCUCUCAACCCCGCCACAACUCUCUCCCUUCUCUAAGCCGGGGCUUUUCUUGCCCACCUACAGCUACAAGAAAGACUAAUAGACCCAGAGACCAAUCUUUCACCCCAAAGAAAUCCAAACAACCCAACACCAAAAAGGAAGAGCCAAAGAAAGAAUCUUUGAUUAUUGAAUCUACUGUACCAUUAGGACCUGACCCAAAAGAUUUGCCAGGAGAUGUUUCUAGGGUUUUAUCAUCAUCAGUGACAGUAUCAGGUAACGAUGUUAUCACUAAUCCUGUUUUUACGAAAGAUUGUGAUCCGAAGUUUCCAGGUUCUGUGUUUACACUAUCUCCACACCCUAGCAGCUUGCCCUUGCCCAAGUUUUCCAUGAAACCAAAGCGUAGUUGCACCGCUGAAGCUUCCGGGGUUGAUGCUGGAGCUACAGAUAAUCUCCGGCGACUUUUACGUAUCCGGUGA